CUGGCGCGGGUGCGGAGGCUGCGGGGCCGCCGCCCGCCCCGCUGCCACCGGCAGCCCUCCUGCCCCGGCUCGACGAGGCAGGACCCGCGCAGGGACCACCAGCGCCGGCUCGGGCCGAGGGGCUGAGGGGAAGGAGACGCUGACGGGAGAGCGGCCAAUCGGUGCGGCGCUUGUUGCGGGAGGCGUGGCCCAAUGGGCGGGCGCGUUGCUGAGGAGAAGCGGGGAGGCAUCCCGAAAUCCUGGAAGUGCACUGAAAGAAAACGGGGCAGUACUUGAAGGCUUGACAAAUGCAUCCCAAGUUGAAAAACUUCUGCAUUCCUUCUCCUCUUCCUCCUUUAGAAAAUUGACUUCAUUAAAGAGGUAAGAGAGAAGCAAAAGAAGUAAGAAAAUGCUGGGAACAGAACGAGGUGUCGUGGAAGAAUGGCUGUCAGAAUUCAAGGCAUUACCUGAAUCACAAAUCUCCAGCUAUGCAGCUACAUUGCACCGAAAAAAACCACUGGUACCAGCUCUUUAUAAGGUCAUUCAAGACCCAAAUAAUGAGCUCCUGGAGCCUGUUUGCCACCAGCUCUUUGAACUUUAUCGUAGCUCUGAAGUUCGGCUCAAGAGAUUCACGCUGCAGUUUUUGCCAGAGCUGAUCUGGGUAUAUCUGCGUCUCACUGCCAGCAGGGACAGACAGAGUAAUGGUUGCAUUGAAGCAUUGCUGCUUGGCAUUUACAACUUGGAAAUUGCUGACAAAGAUGGAAACAACAAAGUUUUGUCUUUCACCAUCCCUUCGUUAUCUAAACCCUCAAUAUAUCAUGAGCCCUCUACUAUUGGAUCCAUGGCUUUAACUGAAGGAGCACUAAGUCAGCAUGAUCUAAUCAGAGUAGUUUACAGUGAUCUUCAUCCUCAAAGAGAAACCUUCACAGCGCAGAACCGGUUUGAGGUGCUGAGCUUUCUUAUGCUAUGCUACAAUUCUGCUAUUGUCUAUAUGCCUGCUUCUUCUUACCAAUCACUUUGUACGAUGGGUUCCAGGCUGUGUGUGAGUGGAUUUCCACGGCAGCAUGAGAAGCGCUGGAAAGAACCCUGUGGUAGAGUGGUAUUAGACCCUGACUUCAUGGUACAGCUGCUCACAGGUGUCUAUUAUGCCAUAUAUAAUGGUCAGUGGGAACUUGGCCAAGAGGUAUUGGAGGACAUAAUUUACAGAGCACAGCUUGAACUCUACUCACAGCCUCUGCUGGUUGCAAAUGCCAUGAAGAACUCGCUGCCCUUUGACGCUCCUGAUGCAUCGCAAGAAGGCCAGAAGGUACUGAAAGUAGAAGUUACUCCAACAGUGCCGAGGAUUUCUCGGAGUGCGAUUACAACGGCUUCUAUCCGUCGUCAUCGCUGGAGGAGAGAAGAUGGCUUUGACUUCUCAAACGAGGCUGACUCAAGCAUUCCUGGCUCACCGAUCCAACACGGCUCCACAGACCUAGGGAUCAAACGUGAGCAAGAGGGGGAGGUGCUGAUGCGCAGGACCCCUGAGCAUGGCUUCCCGGAGCCCACCUUGGCAGCAGCCACCACAGAGGAUGCUGAAGGUGUAAAUGGAAGAGAGGAGUCUGUGAACCUUAAUGAUGCUGAUGAAGGAUUUUCAUCAGGAGCUUCCCUCAGCAGCCAGCCCGCUGGGACCAAACCUGUAUCCUCUGUAUCGCAGAAGGGCAGCUUAAGGAAAACAGCAAGUGGGCGUUCUUCUAAGGAUAAAGAAACCUCUUCUGCAGCAAAAUCCAAUGAGAGCCCCCGAGAUUCAGUAGCUCGAAAGCAGUACACGCACCAAUCCACUGACCUGGCUGGAGACACAAUCGAGAUGACACCUACUAAGAAACACCUCAGCCUGCCUGCUGGGCAGGUGGUGCCAAAAGCCAACAGCUUGAGCCUGAUCAGGACCGCCAGUGCUUCCUCCAGUAAAUCAUUUGACUAUGUGAAUGGCAGUCAGGCAGGCUCCAGUGUUGGAGCUGGUACAGAGGGUUUUUCCAGUCUGGCAGCUGGCAACACCAAUCGGUUUUCAACUAUCAGCCUACAGGAGGACCGACUAGGCCAAGCUGGGGAAGGUAAAGAUCUCCUUUCCCCAGGAGCUCCCCUAACCAAGCAGUCUCGAUCUCCAAGUUUCAAUAUGCAGCUGAUAUCCCAGGUGUAACUUUGACUCCCUUCCUUAGCACUCCUUCUUUCCCAUUAAUCCCCUGCAAGUUCAUCCUUAGGCAAAACAUGAACCAUCAUCCCACAGUGUUAAAAUACUGACUGUUGUGAUCUUGUUUGAUUUGGUUUAGCUAUCAUACUGUAUUACUGAAACAGCAAUAAUUCUUCCCUCACCUUCAUCCUCCUUCCCCCUUGUAAACAUGGUUGUGAAGCAGUAUAUAAUGUACUGUAUAUGCCUUUUUCCAUGCCUUCCUUUCUCCUUGGGUGAUGUGCAAUCCAUCGUAGGCUGAUCAGUCCCAUUUCAACACUGUGAGACUGGAGACACCGGCGGAAAUGGUGAAUGUGAUCCCUAUGAGAUGAUGCUUUGGCUUUGUUAAGAAAUAGAAACGGGUUUGUUUUCUCGGUCUACAGUACUGCAAAGACUACUGGAUCAUGACUUUUCUUUCUCAGAACCAGGAGUGCCUCAGAGAUUCUAGUGUGACUUUGGACCUCUCUGAGUCUGUGCAAUCAAUUCUGGGGAGGGGAUUGUCAUUGCUGCUCCUGGCUGCCUACAGCACUUUUUUCAUUAAAAUUAGGGUAGUUUUUUCCUGACUGCCCCCAGUCUGUCAUCCCAGAAGCUUUUGAUGUUCAGCAACUGAGACAUGCGUAUUAACAAGCUGUUUUCCCUCGGAGAGAGGAUUCUAAGCUGAUAAUGUAGGUUACAAUGCACUUCUAAUGGCGUUGUAGCCAUUUGUAAUGUUACAUGUCUUCCCCUCCAGGACACAGGGUCAUUCUGCAUUUAGACUAAAAUUUACACAACACCAUGCUGUUAAAGCAAUUUGGUUUGGAAGUGGGAGGAAAACACUACUUUCCCACAAAAUAAUGGCUAUCUCUGCUCCAUUUUUGUUGUUUUUGUUGUGAGGUGCUGAUCACUGAAUUGAAAGGUGUAUUCGGGUAAAGAGUAUUUCUCAGGCUGCUUUCUUUGGUAUCAUGGCUGUUGGGACACCCCCACCUCUUUCAGCUGCUUUCUCAAUGUCCCUGAAUUCAAUCAUGGUGUCAUUUGAGGAAUCCUGCAGUCCAGACAGACCAUACUCUCAAGGUGCUGUCUCAGGGAUAGAGAUAAUAGUUUGCUAGAAACACUGAAGCUUCAAUGUGAAAUGCUUUUCUAGCAAUGCUGUUUGUGCAAAGGGGUACUGACAGUCCUUUUCUCCCCAGAAGGAUCACACUUCAUUGCCUUGGUAUAUAUAAUCUGUUGAGGUUUUUUAACUCUUAUUUUAGUGGAUUGGCCCUACUCUAGAAAAUUCAGAACUCGUGCCAUUGAGCCAAGCCUUGAAUGUAUAUGACUGGUGUAUGGGCACUGGCUGGUACUUAUGUUAGAGAACACUGCUUAGAAGCACAUUUCUGGUUACAUGGGAGAAUAUUUGUCAUUCUCUCUCCAUCUCUCUGUAUCUCUCUUUGGAUUGAUAGAGAGAAAAGGGGAAAGCUCAUUCUCUAUGCUUGAGUCAUGUAUGAUAUCCUGGAAGUUUACAAACUGUAAACCUGCAGGAAAGUUUAUGUUUUUUAUGUGGGCACUUUGGUUUCACUGUCACUGUGAAGGAUAAACAUAAGCAGUUAAAAACAGCAGGCUGUCUUUGAAUGUCUUUUGGGGUUUGGGGGUUUUUUGGAGUUUUUGUUUGUUUUGGGGUUUUUGU